AUGGACAAACCAGUAGUGUUAUCUCGUGUAUUGAAGGUUUUGGGCCGUACCGGUUCCCAGGGCCAAUGUACCCAAGUCAAAGUUGAAUUCAUCGGCGAACAAAACCGUCAGAUCAUCAGGAACGUCAAAGGACCCGUGCGCGAGGGUGACAUUCUCACGCUGCUCGAGUCCGAGAGAGAAGCUAGAAGGCUGCGAUAG